UGACAAAAUGGAACCCACCAGCAGUGUGAGGAGACCUGAAAGUGGCACAUGGCAGAGUGUGGCGAUGGAGACAGCAGCAAUGGGAGGCCGUACAGGGACCCAUGACACACUCUGGACCUGGCAGCAGCAUGAGGAGGCGGUACAGGGGCCCAUGACAGAUUAAGGGCCUGGCAGCAGCAUGAGGAGAGCCGGUAGGGUACAGGGGGGGGCCAUGAAUCAGUAUGGACCUGGCAGCAGUGUGAGGAGACCCGAAAGUGGCACAUGGCGCAGGGUGGCGGUGGAGGCAGCAGUAUUCGGAAGACAUACACAGGACUAGUUUAAAAAGCGGAAGCCGUCAGCAGCGUGA